CUGUGCAACACUUGGGCGACCAUGCCAGUGCCAUGGUGCAACGAGCGGCGUUGCACGUUGAUCCCGGAUGUGGCUGAGCGAGGGCUCAGGGUCAGACAGCUCUGGGAUCUCUGCAUUUUCUUGAGAAGGCUGUGCAAGACCAAGUCGCUGAGACGGGCCGGCUACGCGAAGGACUGUGGCUAUGACCAGUGGCUGGAGUGGCAGGCGCUCAACUUGUACGACAUCACAGAUGAGGUGAUCAAGAAAUACAUCCCCUACCAUGACCAAAAGUGGGGAGUGGAUGAGUUUGAUCCAAUCAUCCAGAAACGUUAUUCUUGGGCAGAGCUGGUAAGUGCAGAACCCCAACGACCGCAGCUGAUGAUCAGCCACUGGUGGGGCGGUCGCUUCAGUGAUUUCAUGACGACCGUGGACACCGUGGUGUCGGAUCGCGCCUUGAGCAUUUGCACCAGUCUAUGGGUGUGCACCUUUGCCAACAACCAAUUUGGCGAGUCCUUUGGCUCCGAAAUCAUCGGCACCCCCUUCGUCCGUGCCAUCGAGAGCGCCGAAGCCACCAUUCUCAUCGUGGAUCGUGAUGCGGGGUCCCUCACGCGGAGCUGGUGUUGUUUGGAGCUGCACUGCACCAUCCUGCGAGAGAAGGAGCUCCAACUCUAUACCUCCACAGGCAUGGUGGGCUCCGCAGCCGUUUCCUCCGGCCCCUUGGUGGACGCCAUCAGCCGCUGGGAUGUGCGGAAGAGCCACGCGGCCGAGACGGCGUACAAGCGACAGAUCAUGAAUUUCAUCGCGGAAGUACCCGAAACCUGUGGCCUGCAGACCGAUGAUUGUGGGAAUUUGCACGUUGUGAACGGUCGGCCGCAGCUGUCAAAGGCCGAAGACUGUGACUGCAGCAAAUGGGGAAUUCUCAGUUCGCACAGCGAUGCCUUUGAAGCGUUGAACAUGGACGUGCGCGUGUCGGUGCUGGGGCGCAUUGGUCAACGCAAGAAGGUCACUGGCUGCAGCAUUCCCUACGUGGGACACCGUGGCAUCACCUUGGGUCAGCUACGGACCUUCGCGCGCAAGGCGCAUCGGCAGAUGGCCAAGCUGCACCCGAAGACACCCUGGGAUCACUUUACGGUGGCGCAGAUCUGUGAGUUGGUCGUCAAGAAGGAAACCGAGAAGCGAAGAUGUUCAUAUGUGGAGCUGGUGGCUGAUGGCCCGCAAAUUCCGGACUACUGCGUGAACUAUCAGUUUGGCAUGUUCUUUUCGGAUGUCAUGUCUUCCGUCGAGUGGUUUGCGGAAGCUUUGCUCUUGAAGGAUACCGUGGUGCUGUGGUUCAACCUCACUGGCUACAACCAAUUCCAAGCUGUUGAGGACCUUCGUGCCUGUUGUUACGAGAACGGGAACUUAACGGUGGACCGCGCCCAAUGCGAGUGUCAUAGCUUCCUCAUCACGGCCGGGAGCAUUUGCAAGGACAACGCGGCCGCGCCCUGCUCACUGGAGCCCAUGGCCGAGCCCUUUAGCAUGUCGCGCGCGUGGCGGUUGUACAGCUUGGAGUGCGCUAUGCGUUUGGGACAGGAUGUUUAUGUGGCUUGCAAUACUGGAGUCAUGGCGUGUACAAAACUUUUUCCCAAUGGCCAUUCCAAAUUUGGGGCCAUGGAUCCAAGGGUUACGGAAACCAUGUUUCACCUGAACAUCUCCAAAGUUUCUUGUUCCUCGGAAGAAUGUGCCAAAGAUGUCCUUUAUUUCAUCAACAACACCCACGGCUCCUGUGGCCAAGUGAAGCUGAAACGUCGCAUGCAACGCUGGGCUGCCUGUCAUUUGGUGCCCUUCGCAGCCUCGGGGGCCGCCAACUGCUUGCAGCAGACCACCCUGGAGGAAUUGCUGACGCUGCCGCGCUUCAGCAUCCAUUCCGAGUUGGCCAAGUGUUCUCUGGGACAAUCCAGUCUGCACGAGGCCGUAGCAGCAGAUUCCAUUGAGGCGGCCAAGUAUCUUUUGGCCCAUGGAUGUUUGCUGAAUGCCACCGAUUCCAUGCAGGAAACUCCUCUGCACUAUGCCGCCAUUCGAGGCAAUGCGGAGAUGAUUGAGUUGUUGCUGGAUGCCCGUGCAGAUCUCCACAUGGAGUCCAAGUACGGUGAGAAUGCCUGGGAUGUGUCGAAACAGGGCGUGGCGGCCUUUCUUCAGAGCCACGACACCUCGAGGAUCCCCAGCCUGUUGCACCAGAACUACUUGAAGUGGCGGGAAAGCCGAACCGCCCAAGACCUGCUUGGCUUUGAAACCAUGGGCGGUGGAAGAACCAAGCGGAGCUUGUCCGAGAACAGCUCGCGACCUUCAGGUUUCGUGAUGGCGGGUGGUGCCUUCAGACGUGCCGCAAGUCAUGGUAGAAACAUCGCCAGUAGCUUGGGAGCGGUGAUUCGGGUGCCCGGCAGACAAAGAUCAGCGCCGGAUUCCAUUGGUUCCGCUGUGUCCCUUGAGGCAGUGAAGGUUCGACCUCCAGAGGGCAAGGCAAGCGGGGCAAGCGGCACGGGGCGAUGGCGACAGCGCGCCUAUCAGGGACCCGAAGACUGGAUGCAGCUGGUGCCCAACCUGCUGUCCUCCGAGGGUUGGUCCAUGGCUUUGGCGCGACCCAAGGCCAACCUCUCGCACUGUACUUGUCCCUGGGGUGGCCACCUCAUCAAAUUCACCCUGAAGUCCAUCAGCGUGGAGGACGCGCCCCUGAAGACCGGUAACAUCCUCGUGAGGUUGCUGCAGUGGGAAUUCAGUGCUUCGCCAAAGUGUUGGCAAUUCCACCCGGUGUCGCGACAUCAUCCUUUCCGUCGCAUGCUGGUUUUGCAACUGCGCGCAGAAGUAGUGCACCGUGCCGUGUCAACUUCCAGUAGUGUGCUGUUCGGCGACGUUGCGGGACAAUUCGUUGGCUACUUCUUUAACGCUGCGUCCAAGGAUGGCAAAGCCACGGCGGCCUUGCAUCAUAAGCUGCGCCGCAACUUCCCCUUGGAAGGAGACAGUGCCUGUGCCUUUUGGGAAGAUGCCGUCGAAGCGCAAGGAGCCGUCUUGGUGGUGAGGCCUGACAAGGAGGGAACCUUCACCGCCACGGUGGUGGUGCGGGUGGCGGAGGACAAGUUUGCCACCUGGGCCACAUUUCAGUUCCGCAUCCUUUUGGAAUCUGCGCGGAAGACGGCGCAGUGGUUCCUGAACCGUCCAGGCAUUGCGGACCUGAGGAACGCGGAUGAGAAGUACUACAUGGUGCUGUCCAUUCAGAGCUUCAAGCGUGGAAUGCCCCUGGUACCUUCCGGGGAACCCAUCAUCACCAUUGAUGCAGGGGAAAGAUUGGGUUUGAAGCACUGGGCGCGCUUCCAACCAGGUCACACGACUUCCAGGAAUAAGUUCCGCCUCUCGCAGUAUCUCAGCGUCUUCUUGAAAGCCAUCGGAGAGGAGCUGCACACAUUUGAUGUCUUGGACAGUCGCGAGCUGGUGCCCUACCAAUGUUUAGUGCGACGCAGCGAAUGGGAGGCCGUGCGCAAGCAUUUCUUCGAAGUCUUCCCCUUGGCCAAGACGGCCUAUCGCCGCGCCAAUGGCGGCUCGAGCGCGCCAGGGGUGCAUGAAGAUGUGGAGCCCAAGUUCCUGUCCGACACGGAAGUCAGCUUCGGCCCGAGUCCCGCGGAGCGCGAGGACAUGAAGCUGGAGUCGAGGUUGAUUGUGCGCAACACCUUUCUGGACAUCGAAGAUGACGAGGAGCUGCAGAGGAAAGCCGAUCUGCAUGCGGCUCAGAUUGUACAGCCCAACGAGUGUCGUUGUGCCUCUGACUUUGAACGUCUUCGGUCUGAGAUGGAGCAGCUGCACAAGGAAUUGGAGCAUCAAAUGGACCGGCGCCGAGCUCUACAGGCGAGCCUUGAUAGCGAGCGCAGCCGCACAAGCUUCCUGGACGCGGAACUCUCCAGGGCCUACGAAGGACUGCAAGGUCAACGUCGCAUGAGUGAUGCGGAAACUCAAGAGCUCGGAGAUCAGGUUGAAGCACUGCUUUUGGUGAAGAGGCAACUUUUCCAGAGGAUCCAGUCACUGGAGCAGGAGCGGUCACAGCUUCUAUCGCAACAGGUGGAAGCCGUCAGUGAUCGUUCCUGUGUCGCAUGCCUGGAUCGCUUGGCCAACACGGUGCUUCUCCGGUGUCGCCAUUUGUGCUGCUGCGAAGGCUGCGCCCGGCGCAUGUCGCAGUGCCCCGUGUGCCGCCAAGCGGUGCGCGACCGGAUCACCGUCUUCAUGCCGUAG